GUUGUGCAACUCCUCGGGUGAACCUGGCAUCAAUGUCUGCAUGAACAGUAAAUGGUAUCAAUCGGGAAUAGAAGAUCAAUACACAGUGUUCGAAUGCCAGUCGUAUCAUUGGGGUUAUCCAGCACACGCUGGGAAGACUCCGUUUCACCUGUAUAGUCGCCUUCCGUGUCAUUCUACUUGUUGGCUCAUGCUGAUUCUGAACACUAUGUGUGUGAUUGUAUGAUUCUAAUUCUCCGAAGCUUGAGCUGGCAUUUCUGGUCUACUUGAUGGCGUAUACCAUCCGGCGUGGGAUGAUACCAACCAUUCCCCCAUGGCCAACAGGAUUCGCAAGCACUUCUACUAGUUCUCACUGACCACGACAACCUCGAACAGUCUCGUAAUUCAUUGUAAUAUAUAGGGGAACUUCGACCACUACUUUGCCUGGACUGGGCGUAAUUGGCUUCAGUUCAGAUUGAAAUGGCUGGCCGAUCAUAUUUACCUCUCGAAUGAAGAACUCAAAAUGCGGUCAUUAAUGUCAGCCUCACCAUGUGUGGCAUAUGUGCAGAGAUUCCGCCUCAGGACCUCUAGUUUCCAACUCUCCAUCACCUCAGCGAGGGACAGAAAGUACCGUCUUCGCUGCUUCCCAGACUCCAGAUGCCGCCUCUUUCACGUCUAGCUUCGAGUCCUUCUCAACCCCCGGUUCUCUGACGACUACUCCUACAAUCAAUACAGUGGCGACAUCAACAUUUGUCACAACUGUUACCAGCACGUCCGAGGCCGAACCGACACCAACUCCGAUGUCAAUGUCCAUGGCGCUGUCAGCUUCGACUAGCCCAGUUUCCAACAGCACAGAAUUUGCGCCGCCAUUCACUGCAACACCUACAGGACAGAACAAGCAAGCUUCGCCUACAGCCCCGAUUCAACGUCAAGUGAUGGCUUACUAUCCCGAUUGGGCUACAGCAGCUUUCCCUCCAGAGAAGAUUGAUUUCGACCGUUUAGACUGGAUUGACUUCGCCUUUGCUGUCCCUGACGAAAACUUUAACUUGAGCUGGGACGGAUCAAAAGACGCUCCUGCGAUCCUGAAUCGAUUGGUUACUUCUGCUCAUAGCAAAGGAAAAUAUGUGAAGCUGAGCGUUGGUGGAUGGACUGGGAGCCAAUACUUUUCGACAGCAUGCUCGAACGCUGCAAACAGGCAAAAGCUAGCAGAUAAUAUCCUCGGUUUAUACAAUCAAUAUCAUCUUGAUGGCAUUGACAUUGAUUGGGAGUACCCCGGCCAAGAGGGAAAUGAAGGCAAUAACGUUUCUCCAAACGAUUCUGCCAACUAUCUUGCAUUCCUUCAAACACUACGAAACACGCUCCCAUCUGACGCCAAGAUUACUGCAGCCACUAUGACUGUACCAUUCGCCGAUUCGGAAGGAAACCCUAUGGGUGACGUAUCCGAAUUCGCCAAAGUAUUGGAUUGGAUCUUAUUAAUGAAUUACGAUACCUGGGGCUCUUCAAGCAACCCAGGCCCGAAUGCCCCGUUGAAUGACGGAUGUGGAAAUUCCACCCAAAAGACUGCCAGCGCCCUCGCAGCGGUAGAAAGUUGGACUAAGGCAGGCUUCCCGGCAUCUCAGAUAGUCCUCGGUGUGCCGUCAUAUGGGUAUAUAUCUCGAUCCAGCGCACAAACCCUCCACUCGCGCUCAUUACUACACACCACCACAACUCGACACUACUCUCGUAAUCGGCGUCCGAUCCAGGCCUCACCACCCACUGCACGGAGACUUUUAGAGUUGACGGAGUUGGGUCUUGGGACUCGGACCCGAGACUCUGCGCCUGCUGAUUCUGAAACAGUAUUGCAACAAGACGUACAUGAACAUCUCGUUGAUCCUGCGGAAGUCGACGAACAAGAGAUCUCGGAUGCUGCAGUUCAAGCAGACACAACAGCUGGGCCUGGUAGUACGUUGGUGACGAAUGAGGAUGGUGGAACGGAUAAUGGUCAAGUCCAAUUUCGGGACCUCGUCGGGCAAGGUGUCUUGCGUUACAUCCCCGCUUCCGAUGAAACGGAGUGGACUUUGGCGAACAUGAAUGAUACGACAUUGACGUUUGGUGGGCGGGAGAUUCAGAACUCGUUUACUGGGGCUCUUGGGUUCACGCGGCGUUGGGACCAUUGUUCGGGUACGCCGUAUCUGACGAGCGGUCCUGCGAGACAGGUCAUCACUUAUGAUGAUCCUCAAAGUCUGGAGAUGAAAGCGAUGUUUGCGAAGGAAGCUGGGUUGCUUGGAGUGAAUAUGUUUGAUGUCCACGGGGAUACCGACCAUUGGGACUUGACGGAUUCGCUUCGAAGAGGGUUGGGUCUGGAUUAGCUUUCAUUGUCGCCUUUCUCAAUACUUACACGCUUUGUUGCUUUGCACGUCACUCUGGGUAUGAUAAUGUGGAAUAAACGAAACCAAUUUAAUGGCUGUUUUAUUUGUCCUCCAGAAUGAGGUUUGUACAAUUGUCUAAAUGUCCAUUGUUCCAAUCCUAAACCGAGAAACUUUCCUCAGUCCAAAAAAAAAAGUCUAACAUUCUCU